CAGAGAAGACAAAAUAUUUAUUGUCCCGCCACCAUGACGGACCGUUCCGCCUUCGACACCGAUGUCAUCACCAUGACCCGCUUCGUGAUGGAGGAAGGCAGGAGGGCCAAGGGCACGGGGGAGUUCACGCAGCUCCUCAACUCCCUCUGCACGGCCAUCAAAGCCAUCUCCACCGCCGUCCGCAAAGCGGGGAUCGCCAACCUCUAUGGGAUUGCUGGGUCCACCAAUGUGACAGGAGAUCAAGUAAAGAAGUUGGACAUCCUUUCCAACGAUCUGGUGAUUAACAUGCUCAAGUCAUCCUUCAGUACGUGCGUUAUUGUGUCAGAAGAAAACAAAGAUGCUGUGAUAGUGGAAACCGAAAAAAGGGGUAAAUACAUAGUCUGCGUAGACCCCCUAGAUGGCUCAUCGAACAUUGACUGUCUUGUUUCCAUUGGGACCAUCUUUGCCAUCUAUAGAAAGAUGUCCCCUGAUGAACCUUCUGGGAAAGAUGCUUUACAACCCGGACGUAAUCUUGUGGCAGCUGGUUAUGCUCUCUAUGGGAGUGCCACAAUGCUGGUACUGGCCACUUCUGCUGGAGGUGUCAACUGUUUCAUGCUGGAUCCGGCGAUUGGAGAAUUCAUUUUGGUGGAUAGGGAUGUGAAAAUCAAAAAGAAGGGAAAUAUCUACAGUCUCAAUGAAGGCUAUGCUAAAUACUUCGAUCCAGCAGUCACAGAGUAUCUCAAAAAGAAGAAAUUCCCUGAGGAUGGCACUUCGCCAUAUGGUGGGAGGUACAUAGGAUCUAUGGUGGCUGAUGUGCAUCGCACACUGGUCUAUGGAGGAAUCUUUCUGUACCCUGCUAACUCCAAGAGUCCCAAAGGAAAGCUGAGACUGCUCUAUGAAUGCAAUCCUAUGGCUUUCGUUAUUGAGAAGGCUGGGGGGAUAGCAACAACCGGGCAUCAUGCAAUACUAGACAUAGUGCCUGAGGAUAUCCACCAAAGAGUGCCUAUUGUCUUGGGAUCUCCUGAUGAUGUGAAGGAGUACCUUGAGAUGGUCAAGAAGCAUUCAACUAAGUAAAGAAAGCUUGCUGGAGUAACUGUGCAGAUGGGAAGAAAUGCCUUACAGCUGAAUGAAAGAGCACACUGCAGUACUGCAAAACUGAACUGUCUGACCUCUGUAGCAAGAGCAAAUGAGCUGUAUUUUCAUAGGUUUUUUUAAAAGUGAAAUCUUGUGCAAUUGCAUUGUGCAAUGAAAGGCAUUAAA